AUGGGCGCGGCCACCUCGCGCGCCCCGCCGGCCCGGGGGUGCGGCGCGCCGGGCCCGGCCCUGGCCUGCGAGCGGGGCCCGGACCUGAGCCUGCUGCCGCCCGAGCUGCUGCUGCAGGUGCUGAGCCACGUCCCGCCGCGCGCGCUGCUGCUGCGCUGCCGCCGGGUGUGCCGGGCGUGGCGCGCGCUGGUGGACGGCCAGGCGCUGUGGCUGCUGCUGCUGGCCCGCCGCCACGCCGCGCUGCUGCCCCUCGUCCGCGCCUGCCUGCCGCCCGCGCGCCCCGCCGGGCCCUCGCUGCUCGGCCGCUUCUGCGCGCUGCGGCCCCUGGGCCGCAACCUCGUCCGCAACCCCUGCGGCCAGGAAGGCUUCCGGAAGUGGAUGGUACGACACGACGGGAACGGCUGGGUGGUGGAGCCUAACAGAACCAGCAUUCCCGGGGCGCCCGCACAGACCUGCUUCGUGUCUUCCUACAGGUGGUGUCACAAGAAGCAGGUAUUGGACUUGGAGGAGGAAGGGCUGUGGCCAGAACUGCUGGAUAGUGGCAAGAUCGAAAUUUGUGUCUCUGACUGGUGGGGAGGCCGACAUGACUGUGGCUGCAAGUACCGGCUUAUUGUACAGCUUUUAGAUGGCAACUUCAGCAUCCUGGAGGAAUUCUCGGCCACUCCUGAGCCCAUCCCACAGUGGAACAAUGAUGCCUGCCAGCAGGUCACCCACGUUUUCUCCGACAUCAAGGCGGGCAUCCGCUUUGUGUCAUUUGAACACUGGGGCCAGGACACGCAGUUCUGGGCUGGCCACUACGGAGCACGCGUCACCAACUCCAGCGUGAUCGUGCGCCCGAAAGCCCCAAGUUGAGCCCCAUUGGCUGUGCCUCCUGGAUCCCCAAUGGUUUCUACCUCCCUGGUUACCCCAGAUCGGAGGUUCCAGAAACGGCUAGAAGACAUUCCAGCUACUACGACUCUGGGGGGUGGCCCCCAUCCUAUUAGUGGAGCCCAAAGGGGACACAGGGAGUCACAGUGCAGAAGGGGGCACCCCCAGACACCCUGGGCAGGCCCCUUCUCCCUGCUGAUUUCUGCAGGGCUGUGAGGUACCUUUGGGAAGCUUCUCUUCAGCUCUGUACCUGAAGAUAGCCUUCU